AUGAAUGAUCUAAGACGUGCGGUUGAUACUGCUAGAUUUCAACAAAAGCAAAGUUCUCAUGAUAGUACCUAUCGUUCCAGUUGUAGUUCGACGCCAGAACCUCAGAAACACACCACCAACAACAUUAGCAGCAAUAACAAAUCAACCAAUUCGACUACAAAUGGUGGCUAUCGCAAGCCUUUGUUACAAAAUUUAAUUGAUCAUCCCAAUAUGAGUAGUACCAGUGGUGGUAGUACUACCAGCACCACAGCCACCACAAACACCAUUGGCCGCAGUUCUAGCUAUGCCAAUGAGAAUGGUAAUAUCACCUCUUCUACGGCUGAAAUACAGUUCGAUGAACGUGAGAUUUACUAUGUCUCACCCUCAAAACGAAAAAGUAGUCUUAGUGCUUCCCAAACACCUGUGUUACGCAGCAGUCUGAGAGCCUGUGAACGUUUGCGUUCCUUCAGUCCCACCUCAGCUGCUGCCAUAGCUCCCACUUACCCGCCUAUAAUGCCUUCAGCUGCCUAUGGUGCCCGUCUCAGUGGUACUACAGGGCAUGAUCUUAGCUUUGAUAAUUACGAUACAUCCUCGCAUUACUCUGAUACAGCUAUGCAGGUCUUAAGAUCCGGCAGUUGCUCUGCCAUGACUACCUUGCUGAAUACCAACAAUCUUAUUAAUAACACAUCAACUGCCGCCAACAAUUGUCACAGCUCUUCGAGUAGUCUUGCGCAGCAACAACAUCAACAACUACAGCAGCAGCAGCAUCAACCCUCACAACAAACUCAUCUUCCCCCUGGCCAACGUUUGCAAAACAAUGUAGUCACCUUUUCGAAUCACAUCAGUGAACAACGUGCGGCUACGCCACAAAAUCGCGGUUCUUUACGUCGUGCCAAGGGACGCAGUAAUCAGUCUUUGUGUAGUUGUGACGUUGGCAAUGAUACAGACCUUAAUCCAGAUCCAUCACGACCACUAUACGAAUACAGUUUGGAACGUCGUCACAAAGGUCACACAUACACGUGCGAACAAAAUGCUCAAAUAUUGUUGCGCUUAGAGCGUGAACGAAAUCGAAAAUUAUCUUUGGGUGGUGGAAGUCUAGGCGGAGGUGGUGGCAGUAGAGAAGAUUUAGAGAGUGAUGCUUUGAGUUCAUCAGAUGCUGAAACUAUACCACCAGUGCCACCGCCACCGGCUAUGAAACGUAAUGGUAGUGUACGUAGUCUACGUUUAUUGCAACACCUGCAGCAACAGCAACAGCAACAAUCAACUUUAAGAUCAGGUGCCAUGUGCAAUGGCAACCAACUAGCCAACUCUGGUAACAAGACACAUCAUAAUACUAGCAGUAGCAGCAACAACAAUAACAACAUUAACAACAUCAGCAGUAAUGGUAACAGUAACAAUAAUGGUUCAAUAGCAACAUUAUGUAGUGGCGAUUUACUAAAUGAUUGUGCUAAAAGUAGUCAUGACGUUCGAGCUGUGAUUGACGACUGCACCACUUCCAUACUGAAAUGUGCCAAUGCCAUGGGUUCCGAUAUAAUGUCCAAUACAAGUACAACGACAAAUGGCAGCUAUAAAACGCAAGUAUCUACAUUAAACACCAUGGUUUCUCAUAGCAAGCCAGAUGUAUGUCAUGUUACAAACACCUCCACAAACAAUUCAGUAUCAGCCAACAACUCAUACUUUGGUAAUUUCCCCCCGCCCUAUGCCAUACAAGAUGACAUAAUAUUGCCAAAAAGCCAAAAAUCAGAUCCCGCACUAUGUUUCCUGCACAAAACAGGUAUGAGCAUGGACAUGGACAUGGGACUGGGCCAUGUGGUAGCUCCACCUUCAUCAUCAGCAUCGAUGGCAUUUACAGACUUUACACAGUCACAACGUGAUUUAAAGCAGAAAUUGCAACACUAUAAAAAUAGUAGUAGAUUAAGUCUUAGUAAGUACAACACAAUUGGGCCGAGUAGUGAUUAUGCACGCCAGCUGGCUGUUUAUGCACAACAACAGCAAUUACAACAUCAACAUCAAGAGCAGCAGCAAACACACAUGAAACCGUUCAAUGAAAGAUGUCGUUGUUUCUCAAAAUCCUGGUCAAAUUUCUCACGUGACUUAAUGCAAACACAAUGCUCAAACAUGGCUGCACCUUACCACACCAACAACCACGACAAUCACAGUAGUUUAUUGCAUCAACAACAACAACAGCCAAACUUUCAUGCGUCAGCCUCAUCAGGGAAAGGUAGGCAGCAUGAUAAAAUUCCAUUACGUUCUUCUCUAAGCAGUCGUAGUUUUAAUAAUUUAGUCGACAUCGAUACAUACAACUAUGAUAUGGCCUCCAUACUAUCAUCACAUCAUAAAUUGCAUCUUACGCAACAAAACACACACCAACAACAUGCAGCAUGCAACGGUGGGAGUGUGGGGGGCAUGGGUGGUAGUGGUGUGCUAAGCCAAUCAAAUAGUGGCAGUGGCCUUAAAGACAACCACAUGCAUGGUCAGGCAUCGUUAAAACAUCAACAACAACAACAGCAGCAACAACAUCAGUUGCUGCAACACCAUUAUCAGCACGCACCACACAAAGACUUUCAUUGUGAUGAGCAUGAUAAUCAUCAUCCUUUGGGCAUGCAUGGUAGCACUCAUCUAAUUAAAUCAUCAGAGAAAUUUCAUCAACACAAUCAUCAUCACAACACUGCAAGCAAUCACCAUCCGCCACAUCACUCAAGUCUGACGAGCAUAAUGCCGUGGAAACACCGCCAGAGUCCAAGUCGUGGUUCGUCCAGUUCGGGUACAAAUUCAUUUCGAUUUGAUGCUGCAAAACACUGGCUGGCCGUUAGUUCGAUACUUUUAAUAAUUGGUGCUGCUAGUGUAGCUGUUCCAUUGGCGUUACGUGUAGCUGCAAGUGCUCCAUUUGAAGAACGUUUACGUGUUGCCCUACAACUGUUGGAUCAAGUGCCUUUAAUUGAUGGGCAUAACGAUUUACCCUGGAAUAUACGCAAGUUCCUGCACAAUAAACUCAAUGACUUUAACUUUAAUGAAGAUCUUAGAGACGUUAUGCCUUGGAAAAGAAGUCAUUGGAGUCAUACGGAUUUAACACGACUGAAAAAAGGGCGAAUAUCAGCACAGUUUUGGGCUGCCUAUGUUCCUUGUGAAGCACAACAUCGAGAUGCAGUACAAUUAACGCUAGAACAAAUAGAUGUUAUUAAAAGAUUGACUGAUCGCUAUUCGCCACAGCUGACAACGUGUACAUCAGCUCAAGACAUCAUUGAGGCCCACAAAAAUCAUCAACUGUGUUCAUUAACGGGCGUUGAGGGCGGCCAUUCAUUGGGUGGCUCUUUGGCUGUUUUGAGAACCCUGUAUGCCAUAGGUGUUCGCUAUAUGACACUAACAUCUACUUGUCAUACACCAUGGGCCGAUUCCAGUUAUGCGGAUGCACCAACUUACAAUGUUAAACAUGGUGGUUUAACGAUAUUUGGCAAGACAAUCAUACGCGAGAUGAAUCGUUUGGGCAUGAUGGUGGAUUUGUCACACGUUUCAACGGGCACCAUGCGUGACGCUUUGGAAGUUAGCGAGGCACCUGUGAUAUUUUCUCACUCAUCUGCCUAUGAGUUGUGCAAUUCGAGCCGUAAUGUACAGGAUGACAUGUUACAAUCGAUGGCCAAGAAUGGUGGCAUUAUUAUGGUUAAUUUUUAUUCGAGAUUUCUUUCGUGUAGUGAAAAUUCAACCGUACAUGAUGCAGUGGCUCAUAUAAAUCACAUUAAGCGUGUCGCUGGCAUUGAUCAUGUGGGCCUGGGUGCUGGAUACGAUGGAAUCAAUUUUACACCCAAAGGUCUCGAAGAUGUCUCCUCCUAUCCCACACUUUUUGCUGAACUCUUAGGAGUGGGCUGGUCAAUGGAAGACUUAACCAAACUGGCGGGUGGUAAUUUUUUACGUGUCAUGCAACAGGUGGAAAAAGUGCGUGACGAAAAGAAAGCUGCCGGCGUUAAGCCCUACGAAGAUCAUCCAAAUUUUCGUGCCGAAGAUCCUUACAAUUGUACUUCCAGUUAAUCGUAUGUGAGUAUUUAGACUCGUUAAAACAAGGUUGUUUUUUUAGCAGUAGCAGUCGUCUUCUAAUUACUACUACAACUACUUUUUAUACACAUGAAUGAAUUCAACUGAAAAUUAUUGUAUGAUUUAUUUAUUAUUGAUACGUCAGAUCAUUGUGAUGAUCUCGUUGAUAAGUCUGGGCGUUUAGAAAUAUUAUUGUAUUUUGUAUUUUAGGCAAAAGUAUUAAAGAACAAAAAUAUUAUAUAUAUACACCUACAUAUAAAUAUAAUUUCGGCAUUAGAUUUAAAAACAAAAAAUUAUUUUUAAGAGAUGUAUAU